AUGGAGUACAAGGCGGCACAUAAGCUGACUCUGGGACAUACCUAUACCGGGUUGAACGAGAUAGAUCUGGAUGAUAUCGUACAAGAAAAUCUUGACGAGGAUAUCCCGCGACGAUGUCAAAGGCUCGUAGCCGCAGUUUUAACCCAAGCCUUUACGUGCAUGAUCGCGGCGCGGUUAGAGUUUGGCUGCGUCUUUACCGGAGAAGCUUUGACCUUUCUCCGUGUCCCGGAGGACGACUACUCGUGCUUGCAGUACGCUCUCGCGGUGCCGCAAGGCGACGGAUUCGAACAUGAUAACCGUUUGCAUUUGACCGCUAUCGGCCAGCUCCUCGCUUUCACAUUGAGAGCGAUUCAAAGCCCGCGUCGCGACCUGCACUGGCAGCGGGUGGCCGAAGCGCGACUCGAGACAUGGCAGGUCUGUCUGCGGAAACUACAAGAGGAUAUACCGGACGAAAAAGUUCCCGGGUCGGAAUAUCGGCCACCCCAAGGGGAAUCGGCGCAAUAUCUGCGGGAUUCACCCAUUCGUCGUCGACUACAUCCCCGGGAGCCUGUGAUGAUAAAUGACGAAGAGCACAUCGCCAGACGAGGAGCUAUAAGUGAGGAUGACAGUAGCGACAACGGCGGCAGGGGUCAUGGCCAGACACCUAGCCGCCCUCCCACAGAUCUCCAGCGGGUUAGGGCACAGGGAGGGCUCCGCCGUGGACGCGCGACCGCUGAUGACGAGCCAUCACCCUCAACCCACCGGUCUCACCGACAGCGGGAGCUGGGGCCGUAUUGCUCGGCUUUGUGUCUCAAAGGACUGGUGGAGAAUGGUGAUCUGGAUUUGUCGUGUCCGAACGCACACCUACAUAGCUGCAGUCCCAAGCACCAACUCCGUAUACAAGGAUUCCGGCGUCUGGUGCGACAAAUACUGCGGAAAGAUCUCGAAUACUGCGAAGAACUCUAUUUGUGGGGUGCGAGAGGUGUCUUGUACCGCCUACGUCUUCCUCACUGGGGUUACACCGUGGUGGCCAAGGGCACACGUCCCGAAUUUGUGAUGGAUCUCCAACACGAAGCAAAGAUCUAUAGCAAGCUAAGGUCGAUCCAAGGAAUACAUGUACCGGUGUAUCUCGGGAGCUACACUCUGGAUCGACCGCUCCAGUAUGCGGGGUCAGUGUCGAUUGUGCACUUGAUGGUUUUGUCCUUUGGGGGAUAUUCCUUAAAUCAUCUUCGCAAGACGCCAGCUACCACUGAUACGGCCAUUGAUGGCUUGCGUGCCAUUCACAAACUGGGAAUUCUGCAUCAUGAUGUGGCACGACGGAAUAUGCUGUGGGAUCCAAUGACGGGACGAAUUAUAUGGCAUGACUUCGGCCAGGCCAGGGUCUAUCGACCUCCCCUCACGACUCCAGCUGCAAGAUCUGUCGACCGCAGAGGCGUGCCCGACUUUGGUCAGUAG